GGACCAGACACCACAGCCGGUCCUGAACCUAACAGCAGGACAACCUAACAGCCAGACAGACCGCACGAUGGUACUGAGCCCGCGGAUCCAGGCUGCCGGCCUCCUGUUCCUCCUCCUGGCCAGUCUGGCCAGUGGCUCGGUUCUUCCACACCAGACAAGACAGCUUACAGCCCUCCAAGCCCAGGACACAGCCGGAGCCGAGGCUGGCUUGACGCCCAUGCUCCUGAGGCUGAGACGAGACACCCACUUCCCCAUCUGCCUGUUCUGCUGCAACUGCUGUAAGCGAUCAAAGUGUGGCUUUUGCUGCAAGACAUAGAGCCUCCCCGGCCUGCCCCCCAUC